UUAAUUCUGAACUUAAAUGUAAUUUUAAACUUUUGAAAGAAAUGGACUCUCCCGCUGAGAAAUCUAAAUUAAAAAGAGUCUCAAUUGACUUCACAGCUGGCUUUACCUCUGGAGCUAUCUCUACAUACGUAGGCCACCCACUUGAUACUAUUAAGGUCAGGAUCCAAGUCGCUGAUGGGAAGAGAUUAAAAGGAAGUGUUGGGAUUUUUAAGAAAAUUGUCGCAGAAGAAGGGAUCAGAGGGCUGUUCAAGGGCGCGCUUCCACCUGUGCUCGGGAAUGCUCCUGUGAAUGCAGUUCUGUUUGCUAGCAAUGCUAUAGCUGUUAGAGCUAUGAAGAAUAUUGGGAUAUCUGAAGAAAAUAAAGUGUUUUGGAGUGGAUGUUUUGGUGGAUUUAUGAGCUGAAUAGUCAACUGUCCAAUUGAGUUAUUGAAAGUCAAAAGACAAGGCAAUGCUGGGAAAACACAAACUUAUUGGCAAAUAACAAGAAGUGAAGGUAUUAGAGGAUUGUUUUCAGCAUUUGGGCCAACCAUAUGGAGGGAUGUCCCGACUUAUGGAAUUUAUUUUUAUGCUUAUGACUAUCUUUGAAAGAAGUUUUGUGAGAAAGAAGACUCUGAUAGAAAAAGUAUGCAGAACAUCAUUGGGAAAAUGGUAGCUGGAGGGUUUGCAGGGCAACUAAUCUGGGCAAUUUCUUAUCCAUUAGAUGUUAUCAAAAGUUAUAUUCAAUACCAUCCAGGACAUAGAGGAACUUUCAGAACAGGGAAAUAUAUCUAUCACAAAUAUGGAGUAGGCAAGCUCUUCAAAGGACUCACUCCCUGUUUAGUUCGUGCUUUUCCAGUAAACGCAAUCGUGUUCAUCACAUACGAAGAAUCUGUCAGCCUCAUGAACCAUUACUUGUAAGAUCCAAUGAGAUUAUUAUAUAUU